AUGACCGAAUAUGAUUUUCUCUUCAAGGUUGUUCUAAUUGGUGACUCUGGAGUUGGCAAAUCGGGACGCGCGACUGCUCAUAUACAUCACCCAGUUCUCUCGCGAUUCACUCGUAAUGAGUUCAACCUGGAGUCGAAAUCAACAAUUGGUGUCGAGUUCGCGACACGCUCGAUUACUGUCGACGCUAAGACGGUGAAAGCACAGAUAUGGGAUACUGCAGGCCAAGAGCGUUACCGCGCGAUCACCUCUGCGUACUACCGUGGUGCUGUUGGUGCUCUGUUGGUGUACGACAUUGCUAAACAUGCAACGUACGUCAACGUGACGCGGUGGUUGAAGGAGCUCCGGGAUCACGCUGACUCGAACAUUGUUAUCAUGCUUGUUGGAAACAAGAGUGACUUGAAACACUUGAGGGCAGUUCCCACUGAGGAGGCAAAGUCUUUUGCAACGGAGAACGAACUUUCGUUUAUCGAGACUUCGGCGCUGGACGCAUCAAAUGUCGAGUCAGCUUUUCAAACCAUCCUUACGGACAUCUACCGGAUCGUCUCAAGCAAGUCGCUUGAGCAGUCUGCUGACCCCAUCAAGGGACCCACUAGUGAUACUAUUCCUGUAGCGAUUGACUCAUCUACACCUGCAACAGGUAGCAAGUGCUGUUAG